GGCGGUCCUCAGGUCCUCAAUAGUGAAUUGGGAGGGGUCAAGAGAGGCAGUGUCGAAGUCGUCAUCGGAGGUGGGUGGAGUGGUGUCGUUAUGGAAAAAGCAGGGGCGGGAGGGAGUGGGCGCUGACUGGUGAUGGGGGUGGAGGAGUUGAUCGUGGUGAAGCAUGCGAGAGGAGAGGUCAGCAAGGGGCAUGUCGGGUUCGUGGGUGAGGGCGGUUGCAAGGUCUUUGUGGCAUACUCGUUUGAUGCGGGAGAUGAACGCAAAGUCAGGAAUGACGGUGGUGGGGAGGUGGUGGCGGAGGGAGCGGACGUAUUGGACGAAGCGGUCCGUGGGACCGGUGUGGCGGAGGUGGCAGAAUUGUUCAAGGUAGUCAUCAAUGGUUUUCUGGGGGCGGAAGGUGGCAGUGAGAAGGUUGGCCCAUUGGAGGAAGGAGUGACGUGGUCCUCCGGAGGUUCAGCGGUUGCUGACUUCAGCCAUCCACCAUUUGGCGGCAUUGCCGAGGAGGCGGGAGGUGGCAAUGGGGAGCCAGUAGGCAAGGGGCAUGUGGUGGAGGUGAAAAGAAGCGUGAAGGAUGGCGCAGAGGUCGGGGGUGGCAGUGUUUGCUGGUGGUUGUUCGCCUACGAGAUUGCGGGCAAUGCUAUCAACCGAGUCGGUGCGGAUGUCAGACAUGUUGAUGGAGGAUGCGUUCAUGUCGGGGGAAGAGGGGGUGGAGGACGCAGUAGCAGCGGCGGCGGCAACAGCAGUGGCGGCGUCGGCGGCGGCGCGUUGGGAGUUCUUGGUUUGGCGUGAUGGCAUGUGGAGAAGGGGGGAGACAAUUCCUAUUUACAAGAGUAGAGCGUCAUCAAGUGAUUUAGCAAUGAAGGUAGCAGAGAAGC